AUGGCGGACAAGAUUUCUAUCACCAUAUGCGGCGAUGGAGGUUGCGGCAAGUCGUCCAUUACACUGCGCCUCGUCAGAUCGCAAUGGACUUCCGAGUAUGAUCCUACUAUUGAGGACUCGUACUCGGUGACUCGAACAGUGGACGGGUUGAACUACUAUCUCUCACUAACGGACACAGCUGGCCAAGAAGAGUAUCGAAGUUUGUGGGCUGCUUCCAACCUCCAGUCUGACGCUUUUCUCCUGGUUUAUGAUAUCACCAAUGCUGCCUCUCUCGAUGGGCUUUCGUGGUUCCUUGACAUGAUUGACAUCGAAGCUGAGAAUAGAGUGGAAGAGAACACCCGAUUGCUCCGCGAGAAGGGUGCCAAGGUACGCGGCAGAAGGGAAGACGGAUGGAAGUUUCCUCCGAUCAAAAUCAUCGCCGGCAACAAAUGUGAUCUGAAAGAUGCCAGAGUCGUCAGCAGCAAAGUGGGCUGGGAAUGGGCCAAGAGUAGAAACUGUGGUUUCAUGGAGACGAGUGCCCGAGAGAUGGUAAAUAUCGAGGAGACUUUUGCCUUGAUUGUGCGUAGAGUGGUUGAGGCAAGAAGACAACAUGGUGCGGGUCCCGGCUCCCUGCCCCAUCAAGCACCGUUUGCCUCCAAAGGUCAUACCCCUAAUGUCAGUGGUGCUGGAGCCUCUUACCAGAUGCCCGCCUCCAUGCAACCAAACCGACAACCAUCCAUUCCGAACCCCUUGCCGCCUACGGAGAAAUCAGGCUUCGAUGAUGACAACAUUAAUGUCCCUUGGUGGAAGAAAGUCUUCUGCUGCCGAGGCUGA